AUGUUAGAAACUGGAUUAUUGACAAAAUUUAUAUAUAUUGCAAUUGUGGUUACAAAUUAUUGGAUAAUUUCUAUAUUGACUGUAUUUAUAAAUAAAACUCUUUUAUCCAGUAAUACUAUAAAUUUGGAUGCACCUCUUUUUAUAACAUGGUGCCAAUGUAUAGUAUCUUUAGUUAUGUGUGUAAUUCUUAGUAAUUUAUCAAAAUGGUUCCCAAAAUAUAUUAAAUUUCCAAUUGGUAAUCCAUAUACCAAAGAAACCCUUAGAAAGGUAUUACCAUUGUCUCUCCUAUUUACUGGAAUGAUUGCAACCAACAACUUAUGUUUAAAAUAUGUUGACGUUUCAUUUUAUUACACAGGACGUUCACUAACGACUGUAUUUAAUGUUAUUUUCACAUACCUUAUGCUAGGUCAAAAGACUUCCAUAAAUUGUAUUGCAUGUUGUGCAUUUAUUGUGAUUGGAUUCUGGCUUGGUGUGGAUCAAGAACACAUCGCUGGUUCUCUAUCUAUUCUGGGAACAAUUUUUGGUGUACUAGGAUCGUUAACUCUUUCUUUAUAUUCCAUUCACAUGAAACAAGUUCUUCCUGCAUUAAAUCAAGAUAUUUGGUUACUCUCUUAUUGUAACAAUGCAUAUAGUGUCAUUAUAUUUCUUCCAUUAAUGUUAGCAAAUGGAGAACAUGUUACAGUGUACAAUUAUGAUAAGAUUGGAUCUUCAUAUUUUUGGUUGGCUAUGGUUGUUGGUGGUAUUUGUGGAUUUGCUAUUGGUUUUGCUACAGCACUUCAAAUAAAAGUAACAUCUCCUUUAACACACAAUAUUAGUGGAACUGCUAAGGCUUGUGCACAAACAGUUUUAGCAACUUAUUGGUUUGAUGAAAAGAAAUCAUUCAUGUGGUGGAUAAGUAACUUUGUUGUACUUAGUGCUAGUGCAAUGUAUGCUAGAUUGAGACAACUUGAUAUAAGUAGAGAAUACAAAGAAGAAAAACAGCAAUUGCAAGGUGACAAAAUGUGAGUGAAUUUAUAAUUUAAACAUUUCAUAUUCAGAUCAAAGUAUAUAUAACAUAGAUUACAUUUUAUUG